GGAUCGGGACGCAGCCAGUAGGUGAGGUUGGAGCUGGUGGCUGGUGCCUCAGUGGCACAGGAGACAAGAGAGUGAGGUUAGACCGCUGCUUCUAACGGAGCUGUCCACUCCUCCGGUGGUGCUGUGCUGAAAAUCAGGGAUUCGGUCUUUAUACAAAAUGGUUGAUGGUAUUCGAAAAGGAUUUACAGACUACCCGUUUAUAAACUUAUUCUAAGGUAUAUUGUGUGGAUUUCUAGUUACAAACGGUGGAUUUCAUCUGACCCAUUUGAUAUAUAGUUGUUGUGAACUACAGUUUUUUUUUGCUAAUCUCGUGCGGAUUAUCCUUCUGGAUGGUUUGCGUCUGGACAUACAGGAUCAGACCAAUGAAGACACCCAGAUGCUGCUCGCUGGCAUUCUUGUUGGGAAUGGUCUCCCUCGGAGUGGGAGUGGGAGUCGUCGAGGGGAGGCCCGGCAAGGAGGAGGGAUUCGUGCCUCCACCCUAUCCACCUGUCGUGAGGUUCCGACACAAGCAGGAUGGGAUCCCAGGGAGUUUGCGGAUAAAGGGGUUUUUGGGCCAUAACAAUGGCUUCCAGAGUCCUUGUGAGCACAAGUACUGUGGCCUGGGGCGUCACUGUGUGGUCAACCAUGAGAGCAGUCAAGGGGAGUGCAUCUGUCUGGACCGCUGUAAACCACACUACAAGGAAGUGUGUGGCUCGGACGGCAAGCUGUACCAGAACCACUGUGAGCUCCACCGGGCCUCCUGUCUGGGUGCACAGAGGAUAACCAUCAUGCACAGCGAGGAAUGCUUCUACAAAGAUGACAACUGCAGACUGAGUGACUACAAGAGGCUGAAGACCAAGAUUCUGGACAUGUAUGACCAGAGAUACAUGGCAACCGGCAACCAGGGAAGCCAUAAAAAUAACAUGGCCACCAGGAAGAAACUGGUCGAUGUUGUGUUUAAGCGCUUCGACGCCGAUGGUAGCAGGAGAGUAGACAGUAGUGAACUAUCACAGGUCAUCAAGCAGGAAGGUCUGUUCAAGGAGGUCUCUGAGUGCACCCUGUUUGACCUUCUCAAAUACAACGACAUCAACGACGACGAGCACCUAGCAAAGGACGAGUUCUAUACAGCUUUUGAAGUGUUCCAGCUCACCCUGCCAGAUGACCAGAAAUUGAGCAUCACCACGGUAACCGUUGGCCAGAGUGCCGUCUUGACUUGCGCAAUCAAGGGGGAGCAGAGACCUCCCAUCAUCUGGAAACGCAACAAUCAGGUCCUCAACUCUCUGGAUCUGGAGGACAUCAAUAUUCCGACACAGGAUUUCGGAGAUGAUGGCUCAUUGUAUGUCACCAAGGUGACCACCACCCAUAUGGGGAACUACAGCUGCCAUGCCGACGGGUACGAGCAGCUCUCGCAGACGCACAUGCUUCAGGUGAACGUUCCUCCCGUCAUCCGAGUCUACCCAGAGAGCCAGGCCCGGGAGCCAGGGGUGACGGCCAGUCUCCGGUGCCAUGCUGAGGGUAUCCCUAACCCACAACUGGCAUGGCUGAAGAAUGGCAUGGACAUCGCUACCAAGCUGUCUAAGCAGCUCACCCUGCAAGCUAACGGAAGCGAGGUGCACAUCAGCAACGUCCACUUCGAGGACACGGGGGCAUACAGCUGCAUUGCCAAAAACGACGCCGGGGUGGACGAGGACAUCUCCUCUCUGUUUGUGGAGGACUCAGCGCGCAAGACCCUGGCAAACAUUCUGUGGAGAGAGGAAGGUCUUGGAAUUGCCAAUAUGUUCUAUGUGUUUUACGAGGAUGGUAUCAAAGUCAUCCAGCCAGUGGCAUGUGAGAUCCAGAGACACAUAAAGCCCAGCGAGAAGCUACUGGGACUUCAGGCUGAGGUUUGCCCCAAGUCAGCGGGGGAGGCCGAGCAGAAGUGUGUGUGGUCAUCGGCAGUCAACGUGAAGGACAAAUUUAUUUAUGUUACACAGCCAACCUUGGCCAGGGUGCUUGUCGUCGACAUUACAGCUCAGAAGGCUGUCCAGACGGUGAGCACCGACCCUUACCCAGUGAAGCUGCACUAUGACAAAUCCCAUGACCAGGUGUGGGUCCUCAGCUGGGGAGACAUGGAGAGGAACUUCCCCACUCUGCAGGUGAUCAAUCAGGCCAGCGGGAGUGUGUCCCACCAUACCGUCCACACCCAGCCAGUCGACAGACACUUUGAUAGGGUGGAUGAUUUCUUCAUUCCUGCCGCUAGCCUCAUCAUUAAUCACAUCAGAUUUGGAAUCGUCCUCCACAGAAAUGAACCGGCACUCCACAAGAUCAACCUGGAGACCACGUCGUCAGUGAAGAAUAUCAGCCUGCGCGAGUACAACUGCAUCCCCAAGUCUCUGGCUUACUCCCACCUUGGCGGCUACUACUUUGUCAACUGCAGGCCUGAUUCCACAGGCGCCACCCAACCCCAGCUCAUCGUGGACAGUGUGACAGACUCUGUGAUUGGACCCAACGGGGACGUCACCGGCACCCCGUAUGUGUCCCCGGACAGUCACUACCUGGUCACUGUGGACGACCACGAUGGCCUGAUGAGGAUCCAGCAGAUCACGGUGCGCGGGGAGAUUGGCAAACCCUUCGACAUCCACACCAACCUCCACCUGUCUGACGUGGCCUUCCAGCCGUCGUUCACCGAGGUUCACCAGUACAACAUCUUUGGUACUUCGGGACGCCAAAUGGACUCUCUGUACGUCGAGCUGAGCACAGGCAAUGUGAAGAUGAUCAAGAGCCUGAAGGAGGCCACCAAGACUUCCGAUUGGCCGUGGAGCAGUAAGAACCGCGUGAUGACUGGCAGUGGGCUUUUCGGACAGUACCUCAUGACCCCGUCCAGAGAGUCUAUCUUCAUCCUGGAUGGUCGUCUCAACAAGCUCAACUGCGAGAUCACUGAUGUCAUCAAAGGCAAUGUAGUGGCGUGGGUUGGCGAGUCGUAGGCCGGUCUGUGUUCAGACGCAUCCUAUGUUAUUAUUAAGGUAAAGUUGCACUGAAUUUUGUUGCAGAUAUAUAAUUUAUUGGGUGUGACGAAAAAAGUAAGACAUUUUCAAAGCCAGAAUUGACUGUUCAAAACCGUUUGGAUGCUGGGACCUUCAUUCCAAAAAAUAGGGAGCGAUUUGUUGGUGUUGUUUGCUAGCCGAGUUGAAAUCUUGGCUUUCAACUGGGUGGUUCCACAUGUAGUCAACAUCAAGUUGCUCUCCAAGAUCCUCUAGAGGAUCUCUGUUAAAAUUAGACAAAUUAUCUGCAUAUUAGACUUUUUUUGAUUGCAAGUCUCACAUACUUCAAUUGGCUAGAUGUUUUUCAAUAAUCAUUGGCGUUUCUCUAAAACGAGACAGAAAAUAUUUCUAGAUUGUCCUCCUUUGUUUCAUUUACCCCCUUUCCCUCUUUUUUUCCUGUGCCUUGAAGGAAAACACUCCAAAAGAGGAAUUAACCUAAUUGUUCCCGUUGCGGCUGCAGAUUACAUCUUUUUGUCUUUGACCCUUCUUCAUGGUGAGAGAUGCUCCAAAAAUCCAUGUUUUUCAAAUUCAAACAUCUCGGACUGACGUGGAGCCCAUUCUGGGCUAAUUAAAACAAGCUCUUGCUGAGAUCCAGUCUCAUUUGAAGUGGAGACAGAGAGAUUGAGUUGUCCAUUAUGAUGUAGUGCUGCUUGGUCACCGUUGAUCUCGAAGAGUCAUCAACAGAGCAAAUGGUCUAUUUUGUCCAACAACCCAAGUCUCAACGACAAUGUUAAUAAAUUGAUCCAUCUUAAUAUUUGUGGGAUAAAUUAAUUAAAGUUUCCCACUGUGUCACAAUGUCAGUGUGUGUAUGUCAAUUUGAAGAAUACCCCUGGCCCAAAAGGUGUCAUACUAUAUAUGAUAUAUAUACUUGCAUAUUGUCAGUCAAUUUUGGCAAUAUGUAACAAUUAUUUAAUAAUGAAAGAAAGAUACAUUUGUUUAGUUGGAAGUGGGCUUUUGUGGUUGUAGAGCAUAGAGGGCCUUGAGCUGUAUGAGUCUAAUGAGUAUACAAUAUAUAGAGAGAGAGACAGUAAAGAGAGAAUAGAGACAGUAGAGAGAGACCUGGGUUUAUAAGCUUAAAAUGCGAGUCACAUUUCUUUUAAAAUCUUACAAGGCAGAGCACAGUUGGAUGAAUCAGUUGUACCUAUGAAACCUGACAAGUACAUGGCCCGUUGUGCUUAGGACACAAAAUUGUUUCCUCGAAGUACACCUUCUAUGCAUUUUCACCAUAGCACUCUAACACAAACACAAUGAAGAAUAUGUUAAUCCAGUAUUUUUUGAUUCAAAUGUUCGACACUUGGUUGUCUUAUGGACAUUCCUGUUUUAUGUUCCAAUUAAUGAGACAUUUAAUACAUUUUGAUGUUUUGUUUUAUUUGGUCAAUUCAAUUUCAGUUCAUUUAAAUAUUUUUUUCUUAUCACAUUUUGUUUGGUGUUGUCCCUUGAUACCCAUAGGACUGUACUGAUUGCCUCUGACUUUUCUUAUUGUGUUCUUUAUAUAGAAGCAGAGUUGAAUGAGUUCCUUAACAUGGUAUGUUUCACAACUUUGAGGGCUUUGUUCAUUAUUUCGAGUGUAUACGCACCCUCCUUUUUAAAAAUGAAAAGAGUACCAUGGUCAUCUCGCUAUAGAUGAGGUAAAGGAGACAAUGGAACGCAGACUGUUCCAUUGACCAGAUUGGCGCACAUUCAAUAGAUCUGAUUGAACAAAGUGGAUAUUUGUCAGAACCGUCAUGACUUGUGUAUUGUAAACAGGCCCACAAUGUGCUUACUUAUGUCUGAUUUUCAGGUUUAGAAGAAGAGACUUCUAAAUAAUAACUCCCGUUCAUUGAUGGUAGUCAACGUUGUUUUUUAGCUGUAAUGCAGUUGAUUGGUGACGAUGACAUUAACAUGUGUAGGGGUUGACAUCCAUACAAUCAUUAUAAUCCGAUUUUUACUUCAACAUAGUGUGAAAUACACAUUUAAACAAUAGCCUAAAUGUAGACUAAUUUUGCUGGGGGGCAAUGAGGCGACUCGGGAUCUUUCCCUCAUUGCCCUUUCCCCCACUCAUUUCCAACGCAAUUCCAUUGUUUUGUUCGAUUUCCCUUGACCCCUUUACCGCAUCUAUCCUUGACCAAGUACAUUUUGAUGUCACCCACUGAAACGUCGUCAUUUCCAUUAUAGCCAUGUACUGUUUGUUGAUUCAUGUGGUCGUUAUUUAUGUAGAGAAUACACGCUUGACAUUUUACCUGAAAAUAAAGUAUAUACCUUUGAAAAUACCAUA